GCGCGGCGGAAGGAGGUGUUCCUCCAGGAGCGCUACGGCCACUUCAGUCUGACCGACCCCUUCCUAGCCCUGCAGAGGGACUUUGAGUGUGUCCCUGGGGGGGACAAGGAGCGCCGGCCGGUGGGCUCCAGCCCCAUCGCAGUCCUGGAGGCUGUCAUGGCCCACUGCAGGAAGAUGCAGGAGAGGAUGUCAGCAGAGCUGGAUGCUGCUGAGAGCAGGCAAAAAAGGGUAGGGAAUGGGAGGCUAUGUGUAGACAAUACUAUGGUAUGAUAUAACAAUAUGAUAACCAUGUCUGUCGGGUUUGUGUGUGUGUGUGUGUUCGAGAUGCAUUUGAAGUUGCUUUGCCAUAUUUGGUUAAUGUCAAAUGUGUGAAUGUGUGUAUAUAAGAGAGCAAGUGUAUGUAUCUGCUGUAGCUCUUCUCUGUCCCUGGUCAAUAUAGGACUAUCUGUCUGUGAUUUAACUCCACCAUGGCCAGAUGUGUUCUGUCUCUCCCUCUCUGUGUGCUAUUCCACCAGAGGUAGUGGGUGAGGGAUGGAGUGGGUGAGCAUGAGGGUGUAUGUACGGGAGGUUGGCAGGGUGAGUGUGAGGAGGAUGGUGUGGGAGUAUGAGGGGGAUGGUGUGUGUGUGUGUGGCGGUGUAUCAUUUUCUAUGGUUAGAUAGUUAGAACGUUGGUUUGUGUGGAAUGGUGCUUGCCUGGGAGGAGGGUGGGGUGUGUGUGUGUGUGAGGAAAACGGUUUUCCUUGUCCUGCUCCUGAACCCUUACACCAGUCAGAGCCAGCAGAGACCGAGACUCUCUCCAACCGGGCUUGUGUGGCCGCAGAGACACCUCUGUUAGCCAGCGCUGUGCUGUGUGCUCCAGAUAAGCAGUGAGACACAGAGCCAGCCAGGCCAAGACUGGACAGCAGCCAGGGGAUGAUGAGGAGAGAAUGGAAGAAGGGGGGAGGUGAUUGAGGAGUAUUUAGAGGAUCCUGUUCCAUACUAGCUAAUUCCGUUGCAAAACGUUUUGCUACGGUGUGCCCUACUCAACAUGACCCUGCUGUUUGUGUUUAGCCAUUGAGACACAAUGAAACCUGCAACCGCUCCAUUUGACUCAGUGUCACUACAGCAGCACAGCAUGGAGUCUAAAACACUAAAAGCUCUUGGCUCAUUCCCCCCCCCCCCCGAUCCCCCCCCCACCCGAUUCCUCCCCCCCCCCCACCCGAUUCCUCCCCCCCUCCCCUCCCGAUUCCUCCCCCCCCUCCCGAUUUCCUCCCCCCCCCCCUCCCGAUUCCUCCCUCCCAUCCACUCCUGGAAUAAACCACCUCCCCCAACGUUCUGCCUUUGUUAUGAUGACAGGCCAAAAGAUUGCAUGGUUGUAGCUAGCUGUUACAUCCGCCACUCACCAGAACAUGACAACAACGAGAACACCAAACAAAUCAUUAUCGCUGGUCUGUGAAUAAUAACAUACUAGAACAUAAACAAAGAUAUUAAAAAACAAACAUUUUAUCCUAUACUAUCUUUAUGCCGACCCCAUACAAUGUCAUGUUUCUCUGAGUAAGUGAGUAAGCUUCUUGAAAUAUUCAUGGGUUUUAAAGCCAGCUGAAAGGCCUGCUGCCAUUCCCCCGUAUGUAACACACAGCUUACCUGCCAUGCAGAGUGUAAGGCUGUGUACUGUCAUAAUGCAUUAUGAAUGAGUCAUUAGGAACAGGGCAGGGUCCAAUACAUGAGGUGGCACGUGAUGCCGGUGAGGACAAUACAAGCAAAUCAAAUGGUCCUUUAGGGAGAAUAUAGACUACUCUAACAAGACACAAUCCUAAAGGGGAGAAAUGAGUGUUUGCUCAUGUCAACAGACCUCACCAUAGUACAGAUGGUAUAGUUGGAACUGGGAAGUGCUUCAUUUCAAUUGGAUGUCAUUCUGUUGCUAUUCAGCUUCAUAGGAGUGACAUAACAGUGACUCCGUUGAUCAGUCCGAGAUGAUAUGUGUUCGUUCCAGUGAGGAUUACAAGGGAUGGUGUUUGGGAGGGGGUGGGCAGCAGGCAGGCAUAGUGGAGAUCAGCCUCAUUGUUUGGGCUCGUUAGAGCAGCGGGGCAGGCAAUCGCUCGGAAAGCCCAGCUAAGCCUGUACCCUCGCUGCCAACGCACAGCUAACAAUAGCAGCCACGCUCCAGAUAUAGUCGCCCGGGGUUGACAAGUCAUCGAAAUUCAAUCAGAUGUUUGAAAUGUUAGAUUCCAUCUACCAUUUUGUCUGUGUGAGCGCAGUUCUUCCAAUAACUGCUUCUUUGUGUGUGUGUGUGUGUGUGUGUGUGUGUGUGUGUGUCUGUAUGGUAUUUUUCAUAUUGACUGUUUCUGUGUAAAUGAGGUCUUUUGCUUUCUGACUUAUGAUUCAAUCAAUAUUCUGAAAUGGAGGACUGUUAUUGCUGAAUUCAAAUGGGUCUGUUUUGUAUUCUGUGCUCUUUUAGGGAGAGACCGACAAUACUUAGGUAAUUUAAACAUGGCUAUUUUCCCCUGUUGUAUGAACAUGGAGCGGAGAAAUGUUCCUCCUUGUUGUUUAGUUUAUUGAUCACUGCCACUCACCUUGUCCUUUUGAACAUACACUGUCAGCUUGCAAUUAUUGUCAAGGGGUGUUUCCGGAAAGGUUUGUAGCUCUCCAAGAUCGUCUUAAUUCCAUUGUAGAGUUUCAAAUCUUUGGUUAUCAGACCAGGAACUAGAUUGAAUGCGAACAGAGUUUUAACAAACAUGAGGAGCCCAGAGAGCACUUCUUAAGUUCAUAAAGUGAGCAUAUUGAUUUCAAUGUGUUGGUGAGCUGAGCUCUCAGCUCUGGGCGUGAUUGAGGGAGGUUCUCAUGUGUGAGUAGGGAGGGACUGGAGAAAAGGGAAUGUGUGUGCAUGCUUGUAUGAUGGAUUAACAUUAAGGUGAUGUAUGAUAUGUGUGUGACACAGGGCCUACGUGGUAUAUGUGAUGUGCUAUAGAUCUACUGUAUGUCAUGUGGGGGAGUGAGUGUGACAUGAUGUACACUGAGUAUAUAAAACAACACCUGCUCUUUCCAUGACAUAGACUGACCAGGUGAAAGCUAUGAUCCCUUAUUGAUGUCACUUGUUAAAUCCACUUAAAUCAGUGUAGAUGAAGGGGAGGAGACAGGAUAAAGAAGGACUUUUAAGCCUUGAGACAAUUGAGACAUGGAUUGUGUAUGUGUGCCAUUCAGAGGGUGAAUCGACAAGACAAAAUAUUUAAGUGCCUUUAAACAGGGUAUGGUAGUAGGUGCCAACGCUGCUGGUUUUUCACACUCAACAGUUUCCCGUGUGUCUCAAGAAUGGUUUACCACCCAAAGGACAUCCAGCCAACUUGACACAACUGUGGGAAGCAUUGGAGUCAACAUGGGCCAGCAUCCCUGUGGAAUGCUUUCGACACCUUGUAGAGUCCAUGCCCUGACGAAUUGAGGCUUUUCUGAGGGCAGAAGGGGAGGGUGCAACUCAAUGUUAGGAAGGUGUUCCUAAUGUUUGCUUUACUCAGUGUAUGUGUUGUAAAGGAUAUACCAGAUGUGGGUGGUAGAUAUGUGUGCUUGAUAUCUGUGAUGUUUGGUGUAGGUGUGAUCUGACCGUAUGUGUAGGUUCUGACGCAGUUGUGUGAAUGUGUGCAGAUAAUGUGUGUGAUUUCUUUAGAUUUUUGAGAUAAUUUGUGUUUGGGAUAGCGGUGUGUCGUUCUGUUUCUCUGUCUGUGUGUCUGGCAUACAGUAUGUGUGUGUUUUCUAAACAACAUCUCCCCUGACUGGCUUGUGGUCUCUGUCUCUCAGCUGCAGAUGGAGAAACUACAACUACAGAGUCUGGAGCAGGAGCACCGUAAACUAACCGCCCAGCUGAAGGACGAGCGGGAGAAGAACAAGCACAUCGUGAUGAUGCUGGUGAGGGAGUGCAAGCAGCUGGCCACGCGCGUGGUGGAGGAGUCGCAGCGCUUCGACGAGAUCUCUGCCCGGCUGGACAAGGAGGGCCGCUCGGCCGGGCGGCUACAGGAGGAGCUGACGGCAGAGAAGCAGCGCGGACACCAGAUGGAGGCCAAGAUGGAGAAGCAACUGUCAGAGCUGGACACAGAGCGUGAGCAGCUGCGCGCCAGGCUGGGCCGAGAGGAGACCGAGAGCCUGAGCCUGCGCCGGGUGGUAGAGCAGCUCAGGACUGAACGGGACGGUAAAGAUGUUGAAGACGGUAAGGAUGAUAAAAUGGUCUCAGCCCAACCGGCUGCUGCUGCUGUGGAUCCCACCGCUGCCACGAACAUGCCACAACCCAAGCCUACAGCCUCUGUUGCCGUGGCCACAGACCCCGUCAGCUCCCGAACGGCCUCCUGCCAAACGGACCUGCCCCCUCCAGAGGCCGAGGGGCAGAAGAAGCCGAGCCCCUUCACCAUCCCUGUCAAACCCACUCCCACCAACUACGCGGGCCUCAGCCUGCCUAAGACGCCCAGCACAGGCCGGGGGCUGGUCCACAGUAGCUCAGGAGGACUUCAUCAAACGGGGGAGAACGGAGCAGAGGGCCAGACGCCCCACGGGGGACUUCACUCCCCUGCCCCCACCCCUGCCCUGCCCACGGGGGUGAGCCCUCGCGUCCAGGCUGCCCGCUACAAGUUCCAGGAGCAAGACCAAAAUGGCACGGCCUCCCAGAGCAGCCCGCCGUCCCGCGACCUCUCCCCCACCAACCGCGACAAUUUUGCCGCCAAGCAGCAGGCGCGCCACACCGUCACGCAGGUCCUCUCGCGUUUCACCAGCCCCCCAGCAGGGGGCCCCAGCGCCCUCCGUCCCGGCCUGCCCCACUCCACCUCGGAGGGGGGCCCCUUCCCCGGCCGCCUGGGCCACCCCAUCGGCCUCAAGUCCCCCACCGUGGCCAGGAUCGACCGGGGCAACCCGCCCCCCAUCCCGCCCAAAAAGCCGGGCCUCUCCCAGACCCCAUCCCCUCCCCACCCACCCAUCAAAGUGGUGGGGGACGGCAGCCGCUCCCCCGGGGCGGGGUUAAAACCCGCCACGCCCCAGCUGCCGCCCAAACCCGCCCUGGACCUGGUCCCAGCCCUGACGGCAUCUCAGGUGGGUGCCUGCCCCCCCGUGAGGGGGCCGCACCAGGCCGCAUGUGCAGAGUGCCCCCCCACCAGCACUGCCAUCACUGUCAGUAGCCCCUCCUCCAUAAACCCCUCUUCCUCCGCUAGUGUUCCAUCCCGUAGCCCCCGUGCCCCAGGCAGCCCCCUGGCAACAGCAUCAGGUAAAGGGGCACCACGCUCCCCCUACCGCUCUCCCCCUACUGCCUCUACCUCUCCGCUCCAACUAUCUUUCCAAUGCUAGGUUAGCCUAGCUUAGCGUAGUGUUCGGGAUAGAGGGAACCUGCUUUAACCACAGGAGUCCAGAGGAGAACACAACAGAGCAGGGUCAGUCAAGUUUAGCUCUUGCUCUUUGGUGCAGUGACACUGUCCCUCCUGGGCCUAAGCCAUUGCUUGAGACCUGAUCUCUCUGUACGCAUACUUAAUUCUCUUCCCCCUCCUUCAGGAGGAGCCUGUCGUCUCCCUGCUUCUCCAUAGACCUAUUCUGACACGUUAUCCCCUAGCUAGGAAGCUGUGAACAGACCAGUGGCAGGCUAAUAUCAUGUGCCUGGAUAAAGGGUCAGAUGCUAGGCUAGCUAGCUCAGGCUGUAGGAACUAGGAGCGUUACUCCAGUGUUUUUUGAGGCAAUGAGGUUUUGAGGCUAGUUUUCCCUGUUCAAAUAGGGUGUGUAGGGUUCCUAAUGAGUAACCCUCUCCUCUCUGAAGCUGAUGCCAGAGGCUGCUCUCUCCUUUCAUCCCCUUCAUUGUCCACUAGCAUGCUGCCUGUGACCCUUGACCCUUCUUCCUCUUCAUCACCCCCCUCUCUGCACAUUUCCUGUUUUCCCUUCACUAACCCCUCCCACUGACCACUGCCAUUCCAUUUCCCCUCCUGCACUCUGUUUUGAUGUACUUAUUAUAUGUAUGUUUACAGUGCUAUGAAUGUUCAUGCUGUUAUGCUUAAACUACUACUUCUUGUUUAUAUUGCAACAUAUGUUUAUUGUCGCAAUUGGUUGAAAAAAUGUUUUCUACAAUUUUCAAGCAAUCAAGUAGAGAAGUUGCAUGAUGCAAGUCCUGUUUUUGUCUUUUAGAUUUUAUGUCAAUGUGAGACAAGUGUUUUGAACUACACUGACUGAAACUAACUUGUAAUGUGCUCGUUAGUUUUUACUACUGAUUUUACUGUUUUCUUUUGACAUUUGCAGUAUUCUAUUCCCCACAUUACUUCAUGAAGUGAUAUAUUAGCUUUUUAGGUUAAUGGUCACGUUGUCAGAUCACUGAGUCACAGUUUCGCUGAGUCCCAGUCCCAAAGUUGUUUAGUUUAUUCAAGUCAAAUUUGUCUCAAUGUUUCAAUAUGUUGAGGAAAUUGUAUCAUUUCCUACAAUACUUUUCGGCUAAAACACACUUCUAUUAAGACUAUACUACGACUGUACUAUUACUAUACUACGUCUUACUCCACAGCAGUGAAACAGAUUUCAUUUUGGACUCAAAAGACCAAACUAACCACCAGAUGUAAUGUCACCAGUAGCAGUCUGUUUCUCCAGUAUCCCAAAACAGUAAUUAGUCCGACGUCUUGGAAACGGUGAAUGCUGAUAUACUUCCUCCUCCUCCUCUUUUUUUCAGUCUAUCAGACAAGGGUGUGCUCUAAAGGUCUUCAGCUCUCUUUUCUCCAAACUGCACACUUUUAACCUGUUUGUCCCGAGAAGUGCCAAAUAACCCACGGCGUCCCUUUGUAGCGUUGUAGCUAACAACGGCCUUCCCUUUCCCUCCCACCCCAUCUAUAGAGCAGAGUUUAGCAUUUUACAGCACAAUAGAUUAGGGCUGAAUAAUAUUAGGCCUAUGCUUUUUAGUUGCAAAUUAAAAGUAGGCUAUUGGCUUUUAUUCUUUCUUCUUGUCCUUUACUGAAUCGUGUUAUAGUUUCUUCUUUAUGUUGACUUUCUUUGCUCACACACAUCCUGCUAAGUAACAGUGUUGGUAACAUACUAAAUGGUUUGUGCAUGGAUGAGGUUGGUGUGCUGAUUGACAUUAAAUACACAGGUGAAUGGGUGAGUGUGAUUGUAUGUGUGGAUGGAUGGAUGGAUGGAUGAUUGGGCGGUCACCUGGUUGAGAAGACAUCAUGCCCUCUAUUCUACACUUGCACCUGGGUUCCAUGACUUGUCCACCUGUUCUCAAAGGCAACUUACUCUAUGUAGUUGCUUACUAGGUGAUAUGUAGCAAAGUGAACGAUCUCUUUAAAUUCACUCCAUUAUCAAUAGGUUGAUGCUUUCUCUUUUGAGCUAUAACUAGACUAGUCUUUGUUGUGGAACUCAGGUGUUGUCCCUCCCCCUCUUUCUCCAGCUCCUCUUUAUCACAGCUUCCCUGCCAUGUUAAACCUUGUGUCCCCUUUAACUCCCAUUAGGCUGGUGUCCCUCCAUAGUCCCCUCGCUAACCUGCGGUGGGCCCGUUGCCCUGGACGACGGGCGCCCCCUGCUCCUCCAAGCUGCUUCCCAGGGAAAUGUCACUUUAUUGUCAAUGCUGCUUAACCAAGAUCCAACGGAUAAUAUUAGUCACCUUGAAGACCACCCAACCUCUGCCUUGUUUUCUGCUGCUCAAAACGGACACACAGGUACAGUCACCAAAUGUUAUUGGUCACAUGCGCCGAAUACAACAGGGGUAGACUUUACCAUGAAAUGCUUACUUACGAGCCCAUUCCCAACAAUGCAGAGUUAAAAAGUAAGACAAAUAUUUGCUAAAAAAACAACAAUAGUAACACAAUAAAAUAACAAUAACGAGGCUAUAUACAAGGAGUACCAGUACCGAGUCAAUGCGCAGGGGUACGAGGUAGUUGAGGUAAUACAGUAUGUACAUGUAGGUAGAGGUAAAAGUGACUAGGCAAUCAGGAUAAAUAAUAAACACAUAGCAGCAGUGUAUGCGAAAGUGUGUCUGUGUGUGUGACGUCAAUAUGCAUGAUUGUGCGUAUGUAGUGUGUGUGUGUGUGUCAGUGGAGUAUGGGUAGUCUAGUGAGUGUGCAUAGAGUCAGUGCAACAACAAAAAAAUGAAUACAAAAAUAUAUAUGAUACACACCUGAAAAUAUUCAAUUAAAAUCCAUUGAUUCAUUGUAGUCAAUACAGUUAUUAUAGUUGACAUGUAGCACAGAAUUACUGUAGUUAGACAUGGGAAUUGUGGCCUCGAGGGACAGAGAUGCCUGCUCACUCAAGUGUCUCAGAGAAAGCCCCUGCUGUUCCACUCUUAGGGAAUUAGACACACACAAACAAUACCUAUUGCAAGAUUUGAAGCCUUUCUGUCCCGUUUGAUAGUGUUCUGUCAUUCAAUGAUUAUUGAUCCAUAAACAGUGCUAAUGUACAGAGAGACAAGUAAAACCUGUUUCAUUUAAAGGAAAGGACAGAGAACUGAGAAACCAAUGGUUAUUCCUCCUCUCUCCCUCCUCUCCCACUCUCAGACUGUGUGAAGCUACUGCUGACUUCAGGGGUGUCUGCUGAUGUUUCUGAUGAAAAUGGAUUUACGCCUUUACACUUUGCCGCCGCACACGGACACCACAGGUUGGUGUACAUUUACAUUUUAGUCAUUUAGCAGGCACUCUUAUCCAGAGCGACUUACAGUUAGUGAGUGCAUACCUUUUCAUACUGGAGGCUGGUAGGAGGCGGGAUAGGAGGACGGGAUCAUUGUAAUGGCUGGAAUGGAAUAAAUGGAACGGUAUCAAACAUAUGGAAACCACAUGCUUGACUCCGUUCCAUUUAUUCCAUUUUAGCCAUUACAAUGAGCCCGUCCUCCUAUAACUCCUCCUACCAGCCUCCACUGGAAUGUAUAUUACCAGUGCUACAAUAAACCUUUUGAGACAGUGAAACACCAUUGUGUGAGUGACUGUCAGCGUGCCGAUCGGCUAUCCCCACCAUUAAUACUACUGUGAUCAGAUAUUACAACAAUGAACAUUAACCAGCUGGCCAGGGCUAACACACACACACACACACACACACACACACACACACACACACACACACACACACACACACACUUACCUUCAGUGGCCAGCUAAACUUCCUCAGAGCAGUAUUGUAUGUCUGCUCUUACAACACAGAGAAAGGGUGACCGUUUGACAGCACAGAGAUGUUACCAUAACUUUUAAGUUUCACAGAGUUUCACUACCUCUAUGGGGGGUGGUUUCCCGGACAGAGUUGAAUUUAAAUCAGGACUAGGAUAAUUCUACUUAAAUUAAUCCAGAUUUUAAAAAAUGAUACAAAAAUGAUUUCUAGGCUAGGGUGUCCCAGAGUAAGGUAAGGAAUAACCAGUUCAUCUUUGAAGCCUAAUUAAAUUAACGAUGUGCACUUGGUGCUGACCUGAGGACGCUUCAGAAACCAGGGAUGGGACACUAAUACAUAAGCAUUGUGUGGAAUUGGAGCAAGUCACCUAAACCAAACAAUGGACGGAGGUAAAAGAAAACGUUCAAAGAAUUUCAGUGACUUUGAAAAAACCCUCUUGAAGCGAAUUCUGUCAAACCACCCAAUUAUCGAGAACAAACGGCAUGAUUCAUCAACAGAAAACAAGAAAAAGAACGCCUCGACUACCAUUUGUAAUGAAUUCAACUCAAAUGAAAACGUAAACAAAAGGACGUUACAACAACUUCAGGUAAGAUACUGUAUUUAUUAAUGGACCACUUUUACAAAUUAGAGUCACUUUGAAAUUUAGUUUUCUUGUGUAACACAACACAGUGGGGCUUAAAUGUAUUUGUGUGACAGAAAUGUAACACAAACAAUAUCAUGCAUAAUUACUAAUAACAUUUCCAUAUUGUCUUGUCUUUCUAAGGUCCUGUGGAAAACAUAAUCUACUUAAAGAAGACAAAUGCUGUUGCUUGUAGGGAGAGUAUCAAGACUGGUAAUACCAGAGACAGAUGAGCUGGGGGAUUUGUUGACCGGAAUCAUUGAUACCCAGCAACCCCUGGAAGGUAUCCCCGAUGAUGACCAUUUAGACAGUUCAGAUAGGGGACCGUUCCAAUCCUCAUUUGGUAGGACACAUUCACUCAACAUGUGCCUCCCCGGAUUGCAGGGAAUAUGUAAUGUUGUCAGUCAUCUCUUGCACUCCCAUAAUAAAAAGUAUGUAAUGAACUCAACUCUUGAAGAAAUAAUGUUCUCUAAUGCAGUAAUAUAAUACUUUUCUAGAGGCAGAUGAUAACCAUAGCUUGGAGGGGAUAA